AACGCCCUGGUAGCGGCCUAAUACGCGAAGGACAAUCGUACUCACCUGCGUGCCCUGCCACCUCACCCGACCUCUAUUAUUCUCAACCGAGAUUCGUGCGGAUUUCCGGUCACCAGACACGCCUUGCUUUCUCCUGGUCCUGGUCUCAUUACGUCCGGAUAUCUCGGCAUCAGGUCUGUCAGCAGCGACAUAACGCUAUCAUAGGCAUCGCGUCUACCUGCCAUACUCGUACACGCGUCAGUACGACUCAUACGACCGAAAGCUCGCACAUACCGAAUUCGCAACUACCACAACCAGUUCACUCAGGCGGUGUAGGGUGCUUCCUAAGUGCGCCGCAGCCAAGCUCGGCCGACCUCGGCCUCCCACAAGGACGUUCGCAUGGUUCCCAGUGUUCACUAGCCUUCGCCAGGACGAUAUCCAUAUAUCCAACGCACUGUCGUAUUCGUAUCCGGAUGCUGCCACGGCCUCCUAUCCUCCGGGCGGCGAACGCCACACAGCGCCGCGCUCUCACCGUCUAUUCGUCCCUAGCCCGUCGUGGCGUCCCGCAGUCCAUUGCUGCCCAACGUCGCUACUCGUCUCCACCUCCACCGCCACCACCGCCCGCCGUCGAUGUCGCCGCACUCGACCGCUGGAUCAGCGCCAACAAGCAGCUCGUCCUGCACGACACGCUCCGACCAGAGCACCUUGCGGACCUGUACAUCACCCUUCCCACGCGCGACGGGUCGCUGCGUCCGUUCGCGCCGCCCCAGGACGGCGCACCCCUGAGCUACGGGCAUCAUCUUGCCUUCUUCCAUCCGCGGAACCCUGAGAGGGCCCUGCGAUUAGACGGGACGGACACCGACUUCUGCCCCCCAGAGCCAUUCACACGGCGGAUGUGGGCGGGCGGGCGGAUGGAAUGGAAGCGGCCGUUGAGCGUAGGCGACGAGGCCACCGCCCGAGCGACAAUCGGCGCAGUGACCAAGAAAGGGUUUGAGAAGGGCACGCCGAUGGUGUUCGUGUCCCAGAAGGUCGAGUACUGCAAGCGGGAUAGCGGGGAGGUAUGCAUCGAAGAGGACCGCGCACAUGUCUACCUUGCAGUAUCCGGCAAUAAGAGGGGCGCGAGGGAGGUGGACGGCUUACCUGAUCCUGACUUUUCCUUCGAAUACCUCCCUUCCCCGACGACCCUGUUCCGGUUCUCUGCACUCACCUUUAACGGGCAUUAUAUCCACUUGGAUAAGGAGUAUGCGCAGAACUCCGAGGGAUAUCCGGAAAGACUUGUGCACGGGCCGUUGACGGCGUUGAUGCUCCUGGAUGUGACGACCCUCCAGUAUCCAGGGUCCGCGUUCAAGUCGUUUGAAUAUCGUGCGGUGAACCCGAUCGUGGUGAAUCGGCCAGUCAAGAUAUGCGGUGCGCAAACGGACAAGGAGACGGUGGUUGUAUGGGCGGAAGAGACAGAGACCAAGGUGGUGGGCAUGACGGGGAGAAUCACACAAUGGCAGGGGAGCCACGCGAGUAAUGGGCGCAGCAGCGUUUUGGUCUACACCCCGGUGAAUAGACAAAGUGCCAAAGCGCCCAUGGCAGAUCCCGAUCGUGAUGGACGCGAGAGCGAGCGCCUACGCGUGGACGCGUUUGUGGCUACAAGCGACGCGUUCGCACGUGACCUUGUUGAAUCCCUUAUAGUCCUCGACGCGAGCGCAAUCGGCCUCACACACUCUUCCCUCCGUCCACCACCACCCCCACCCGUCUCCAACCCCAUCUCAGAUCAUCUCAAAUGGCCCCCAAGCCCGCAUCUUCUGCCUCCAAGGCACCUGCGUCGACGGCGCAGAAGGCGUCCACCGCGCAGAAGGCCCCUGUGAAGUCUGAGGCCAAGGCGAAGAAGACCGCCGCAAAGUCGACAGCGGCCGGCGCUGACGGCGAGAAGAAGAAGCGCAAGAAGGUCCGCAAGGAGACCUGGAGCUCCUACGUGUACAAGGUCCUCAAGCAGGUCCACCCUGACACGGGUAUCUCCAACAAGGCUAUGGCAAUCCUCAACUCCUUCGUCAACGACAUCUUCGAGCGCAUCGCGACCGAGGCAUCGAAGCUCUCGACGUACUCGAAGAAGUCGACAAUCUCGUCUCGGGAGAUCCAGACCGCGGUACGGCUCAUCCUCCCGGGUGAGCUGGCCAAGCACGCCAUCUCGGAGGGGACGAAGUCCGUGACGAAGUUCUCGUCCAGCCAGAAGUAAGACGUGUCCGCGGGGAUACCUUUCGUCUGUCUGUUGCAUAUCGUACACUUGUAUUACAUAGGUCCUGUCAUAAUAUGUUCGCGUGCUGCCUGGAAUAUAUCGUUGGAUAUGGGAUGAAAACAUGACUAUGCGAAGACAUUGCAUGGUGGGGUAGAGACGCUUCAGAACCCAUACUUGUUUCCGGCCUCUUUGCGGUUCUUCCGCCCCUGCGCAAUUCUCUCCUCCAAAGCUUCUCGGUUCUGGUACGCCUCCGUGAGCAGCGUCGACAGUUGGUGCCGUGUCCUCGCCCUCCCGCCCAGCGCAGCACCCUUGAUAUUCAUCUUCGGGGCUUCUGGUGCGGCAUCCGCGCCGUUCGUCAGAGCCUUCCUCUCUUCCAGCUCUUGGACCACCUUCUUCGCCUUCUCCAUCUCCUGGAAGGCAUUCACCUCCUGCAGACCCUCCGCGUCCAAGUCCUCGAAGCCCUUGACUUUGCCCUUCUCCAGCGCGCGGACGUGCGCAUCGUACUCGCGCUUCCACUUGUCGUAGAACUUCUUGUAGUAUGUGGGCUCGUACGCCGCCCACUGGCCGGAGGGGAGGAGGUAGUACCCCGGGUAGGGGUCUGUUGGUGUGGGCUCUGGCGCGACAAAGUCCUCUACUUGAGGAGCGGCGGAUGGUACGUGGAUAGCGGGCUUAGAGGAUAUUGGUGGUGCGGCGGAUAUGGACGGCAAUGUGGAGGCAGUUCGGGCAGAGGAUGAGGACGCUGUGCCAAGUGAAAAGAAGUCGACCGCAGGAGCGGACGGUCGCGACACUGGGACGGAGUGUUUCUCCUCUACGGAGACAUUGGCCUUCCCUCGCGCAACCGAGGUGGGCAUGAAGGGUAUUGACGCCUUCUUCUCCACUUUCUCCUCCAGGAUGGAUGUAUGGGACGAGUCGAGAACAUCGCGUUGCUGCGUCUCUCCAUCGGAAUCUUCUGCGUCCUCCACAGUUGCUGUCCUAACCGAUGCGCUUGGAGUAGCCUUGAAGACUAAGCCAGGCCCGCGUCCUCCACCAAGUACUCGCUCCGCAGCGGGUGCAAUAGGUACUUUGUUUUUAGGAGCAGGAAGCAUAGAGAGCAGACCAGAGGCACCAGCACCAGACUCUAGCCGGGCCUUCUUCGUAGGAGGACGGUCAUCGGUGUCAGAGGUGCGGUCAUCAUCUUUGGAUAAACUAGGGAGUCCAAUCGCAAUCUUCUUCGGAGCUUUCCUGGUCUUAGGUGGAGGUAGAGCAAGCCCCGAAGAUGCUUUGGAAGAGGAGGCCGAGCUAGAAGGUGGUGGGAGCGCAAACGUCGACUUCUUGGUGGGUGCGGGCAGCCUGGAGGUUAUAGAUGCACUAGAUGUAGUGGUAAAGACUUGUGGGGUAGUCUCACUGUCGCUCGCAUUGUCGCUG